UUGGUCAGGUACUCUUGUCUUUUUCCUUGCUUGUAUUUUUACCAAGUAAUAAACUCUGUUCUCUCCAUUUCUUUAUGGGUGGUGAUAUUUUGCAAUCUUCUCUUCAUAUCUAAAGUUUCCAUCCCAGCUGCACCUCUCUGCAACUAAUGCUGCUAGCCCUUCAAAGAGCUUCAUCACCAACAAAAGUGGUAGUUUUUUUUUGUCUGAGAAUCUUACUGUGAAUUAGCAAGAAGAGAGAGAGAGAGAGAGAGAGAGAGAGAGAGAGAGAGAGAGAGAGCAUAUCUUAAUCACAUUGACCCUUCUCAUACUGCGCAAGGGAUUGCACUCGUAAAUGGUUUCGAGGUCUUAUUCGAACCUUUUGGACCUCGUGUCUGGCGAAUCGCCAACAUUGGGCCGCUGCGCAAAAAGGCUACCGAGAGUGAAUACAGUGGCUGGCGUCAUCUCUGAUCUAGAUGAGGAAAACCUGGGCAGCAUCAGUUCUGAUGCCCCAUCCUCCCUCUCUCAAGAGCGGGUGAUCGUUGUCGGAAAUCAGCUUCCCCUUCGGGCCCACCGAAGGCCCGACGGCACUGGUUGGAACUUCAGUUGGGAUGCGGAUUCACUAAUAUUGCAAUUAAAAGAUGGUCUUGGGGAUGAUACCGAAGUAAUCUAUAUCGGUUGCUUGAGAGAAGAGAUAGAGCCAAGAGAACAAGAUGAUGUUUCCCAAACCCUGCUGGAGAUUUUCAAAUGUGUUCCCACUUUCCUUCCGUCCGACCUUUUCUCUAAAUUCUAUCAUGGUUUUUGUAAGCAACAUCUAUGGCCUUUGUUCCACUACAUGCUCCCCCUUUCCCCCGACUUGGGCGGGCGGUUCGAUCGAUCCCUCUGGCAAGCUUAUGUCUCGGUGAAUAAGAUAUUCGCAGAUAAGGUUAUGGAGGUGAUAAGCCCGGACGAUGAUUUCGUUUGGGUCCAUGAUUACCAUUUAAUGGUCUUGCCCACAUUUUUAAGGAAAAGAUUUAAUAGAGUGAAACUCGGGUUCUUUCUCCAUAGCCCAUUUCCUUCUUCCGAGAUUUAUCGAACACUUCCUGUUAGAGAUGAACUCCUUAGAGCUCUUUUGAAUGCCGAUCUUAUUGGUUUCCAUACUUUUGAUUAUGCAAGGCAUUUUCUUUCAUGCUGUAGUAGGAUGCUCGGCCUUGCUUAUCAAUCAAAAAGGGGUUAUAUAGGGAUUGAGUAUUACGGUCGUACUGUUGGUAUCAAAAUUCUACCUGUUGGGAUUCACAUGGGACAGUUAGAACAGGUUUUGAAUUUUCCUGAGACCGAAUCUCGAGUUAAAGAGCUUAGAGAUCGGUUCAAGGAUCAGGUUGUGUUACUUGGAGUGGAUGAUAUGGAUAUAUUUAAAGGAAUAAGCUUAAAGCUUCUCGCCAUGGAGCAUUUACUUAUGCAACACUCUGAAUGGAGGGGAAAGGCGGUUUUGGUUCAGAUUGCUAACCCAGCCCGAGGCAGAGGGAAAGAUGUGCAAGAGGUGCAAAUUGAGAUUCAUUUCACGGCUAAAAGAAUAAAUGAGACAUUUGGAAGGCCGGGUUAUGAGCCGGUUGUACUAAUCGAUAACCCACUUCAGUUCUACGAGAGAAUCGCUUAUUACGCGAUUGCCGAAUGUUGUCUUGUUACUGCAGUGAGGGAUGGAAUGAACCUAAUACCUUACAAGUACAUAAUUUGCCGCCAAGGAAAUGAGAAAUUGGAUGACAUUUUGCAAUUAGACCCUUCCAUUCCAAAAAAGAGCAUGUUGGUUGUAUCCGAAUUCGUCGGUUGUUCUCCGUCACUAAGUGGGGCGAUUCGUGUCAAUCCAUGGAACAUCGAGUCAGUGGCUGAGGCCAUGGUAUCUGCUUUAGAAAUGAAAGACCCUGAGAAGCAGUUACGCCAUGAGAAGCACUUUCGGUAUGUGAGUACUCACGAUGUUGGGUAUUGGGCGAAUAGCUUCAUUCAAGACUUGGAGAGGGCUUGCAGGGACCACAAUAGGAGGAGGUGUUGGGGGAUUGGGUUUGGAUUAGGGUUUAGGGUUAUAGCCCUCGAUCCAAAUUUCAAGAAGCUAUCUGUUGAGCAUAUAGUUUCCGCUUACAAGAGGACCAAGAACCGCGCUAUCCUGUUAGAUUACGAUGGCACUAUUAUGCCUCAGACAUCUAUAAACAAAAAACCAACAUCUGAGGCUAUUGAUAUCUUGAAUAGUUUGUGCAAGGAUCCAAAGAACAUUGUAUUUCUUCUAAGUGGGAGAGAUAAAGAGACACUGAGCAUCUGGUUUUCCUCCUGCGAUAAGCUGGUAAUUGCCGCAGAGCACGGCUACUUUAUAAGGCAAAACAAUGACGCAGAAUGGGAAACAUGUGUGCCUGUGGCUGACUUCGCUUGGAAGCAGAUUGCUGAGCCGGUUAUGCAGCUGUACACGGAAACAACUGAUGGUUCCGCUAUAGAGGCUAAAGAAAGCGCGCUUGUUUGGCAUUAUCAGUAUGCUGACCCAGACUUUGGAUCAUGCCAGGCUAAAGAACUCCUAGAUCAUUUGGAGAGUGUUCUUUCUAAUGAACCUGUUUCCGUAAAGAGCGGCCAACAUAUUGUAGAAGUUAAACCGCAGGGUGUCACUAAAGGCCUGGUGGCGGAACGACUUCUCUCCAACAUGCAGCAGAGGGGGUUGCGAGCGGAUUUUGUUCUUUGUAUUGGCGAUGAUAGGUCCGAUGAGGAUAUGUUCGAGUUCAUCAACGGCACGAUCUCGGGGCCUGCCUUGUCUCCUGUGGCAGAACUAUUCGCUUGCACAGUUGGUCAGAAGCCGAGCAAAGCAAAGUACUAUUUGGAGGAUACUACGGAGAUUGUGAGAAUGCUACAGGGCCUUGCUUCGGUUUCGGACCACACGGCUCAGGCUUCUGCUUCUCAAAGUUCCACCUGACAAGUUAGUUGUGAAAAGCCAUGUUAGGUUUACUCCUGUGUAUAUAUUGGUUCUUAUUAGCAUGUUUGAGUUCAGUGAGUUAUGCUGUGGUUUGUUUAUUCUCACCGUCGCAAAUGUGAGAGAGCUUAAACCUUCAUCAAGAUGCUGUGAUAUAUACAUUUUGGUUUGGCCUCAUAUGGAUUGGUAAUAUGUUUCGUGUACAUAUUUUUUUUAUUCAUCAAAUGACUCUUCAGUGACCAGAAUGUUUUCCA